AUGGAGGAUGUGCCCACAACGGGCCCCCUGGCGAGCAGCUACCGGCGCACCUUGCGGGAGAUGAAAAAGAAAGGCGCGGAUGUGGACCCCGAUGGCCCUGUGCAUUUCAAGCUCUGCGGGGCCUUGAAGAAGCUGGGGCUCACCAAAAUUGACAUGCGCACGUUCAGAGAGUGGGCCGACAGAGUGACGCAGUUCGUCAAAGAAGAACGGGAGGUGUGGCUGGUGCAGAAAGAGGCUUUCCCGGAUGUGGGGAAGGACAAAAAAGUCAGCUUCUGGCUUCUCGGGCCCAGCGAGGCCCAGGGGGUCGACCACGACAGGGUGUGGGUGUUGGAUGCUCACGCCCCCACCGGGCCGUACAUGCGCGGGGCCAUCAGGCGCACGAUCGGUUGGAAAGCUACAAAGGACAGGGGCUCGAAGAAACCGCGCCUCGAGGAUGGCGACGCCCAUGCUUCGGGGCAGAGCUGCGGCGCCGAAGUCGCCGCAGGGUCCGGCCCAGCGGCGGCCCCGCAGGGCAUGGCACCGGCCCCGGCGGCUCUGGCAGCGGCUUCGUCGGGCAUGGCGCCGGGGGGGGCGGAGGCGGCACCCGAGCGGAAGCGGAGGAAGACUCUGGCCGAGCACGUCAGCAGCGAGGACAACGACGACGUGUCCAUCAAGACCCUCCGGUUGGACUGCCAGAAGGCUUGCGAGGCCGGCCGCUUCUACGUGCCAGGAGAGACGGACGCGGCCCAUUUCCGGGCGAAGAUGUACGUUGGCUACUUGAAAAAACAGAAGGCCGAGCACAUGAAGAGGGAUUCGGAGAAAUCGUUUGCUGAUGAGCUGUCCGUUGAGUCUAGGUAUUUCUUUCAAUACCUCGCCGAUUGGAUCUUGAAGGGGAAGACGCACGAGGUGAUCGGCCACUUCGCGCCGCUCUUCCGCGAGGCCAAGGAGCUGCGCCCCGCCCUGGUCCCGAAGAUUGCGCAGGCGAUCUGCAGCAUCGGCGAAGUGGACCUCCUGGGGCAGUUUUCGGGCCCAGAGAGCGAGCUCGAGAAGUACGGCCUUCCGCCGAAGCGCAUUUCUGCCCUUGCUGGGAACCCGUUCCUGGCUGGCUUCCGGAAGGCCCGGUUCGAGGCGCAAUUCGCCCUGGCGAAGACAGCCAGCUCGUGGCGCGGCGCGGCGCCGGGCCCGGCUGCGGAGCAGCCCGGCGGCGAGCAGCCAGGCGGCGAGCAGCCGGGCGGCGAGCAACCCGACGGCGAUCAGCCCGGCGGCGUGCAGCCCGGCGGCGAGCAGCCGGGCGGCGAGCAGCCAGGCGGCGAGCGGCCCGGCGGCGAGCAGCCAGGCGGCGAGCAGCCAGGCGGCGAGCAGCCAGGCGGCGAGAGCGACGGCUCGGCCGCUUUGCAGGCGGGCAACGCGGACAGCAGGGCCAGGCUGGAGCUGAUCAUCUCGCUGCUCGGCAACGCGCAGGCGGACGAGCAGCAGAAGAAGGAGCUGGAGUUCGCGAAGGCCAUGAUGACGAAUUCGCCCGGGCCCAGGCUGGCGCAUCUCAUGAAAAUGGCCCUGGACGAGUUCAGUUUGCUCGAGGCGUGGUUCCCCGGGGGCCCGGACCAGGUGGUUGGGCUGCUGCUAAAAGGCGUUCGGUACAAGGAUUGCGCAAUCCAGAACGUGGUCAACGCCAUCCAGCACGUGGUCAAGGGCGGCGCGCAGGAAUCGUUGGUGAAUCCCGUGGUUCGUGGCUUGGGGGCUCUGCACGUCCGCCUGAACGAGCUCCAAGCGAAGGGGCCCAAGGACAUGGCGGAGCCAGGGAUGGGGUCCCUGGACAACCACGAGUGCCGGGAUCGAUCCCAGGAGCAGCGCUCGAAGUUCAUGGCAAGCAUCUUCGCGGAGGUGGCUUCCCUCCGGCUCGGCGCUGUUGGCUUCACCAGCAAGGCGCGGGAUUACACGGGCAUCCCGUCGAAGAUGUUGCAGGAGGUGCACGCCAUGGCGAGCUCCGCGGUGCCGCUCGUCACGCCUGACAUGCCGGCCCACGCGCUCAUGUGGUGUCACCGCCGGGUGGUCGAGGAGCUGGGGGCCAAGAAGAAGUUGCAGCAGGAGCUGGCCAACGAGACGGGGGCGACCGAGGCGGCGAAGCCAGACGGGGCGCCGGCGACGGGCGGCCCGGGCGUUGAUCGGCGCAUGCGCCCCGGUCGGGCGCGACCGGGGGCGGCGCGACAGCUGACAGGGCGGCGGCAGUCGCGCAGCCAGCGGUCGCCCCGAAGAAACACCAGACGGAGCCGGAGGUCAUUGCUGUGGGCGACAUCGUGA